AUGGAUGUUAAGGACCCUUACGACAUUAUUUACAUUUCCUUGAACCCCUGCGAAGUUUUCGUUUUGUUCUUCAGGCUGAUACGAGACUUUCACCACCAAGAGGAGAUAUUGCGGGAUUUCGUAUUCCCAAAAAACACAGCGCCGCCACAUCUCGCGAUCGGAUAUCUGGCAGCGCUCGUGGGUCUAGUGAUGCUGGACGAGACCAAGCGUUUUCCAAGAAAUCUAAUGCAAACCCACUCCCCUCGAAGAAACCACGAAGCAAAGCAAAGGCUGCGAACCCAUCGGGUAUCCGAUGAUGAGGUUGACGAUACAAUGGAUAGCCGUGGUGCUGAGAAUAUCAGCGAUUCGGAAGUCCGCCUCAAUCCGGUCAGGCUCUCGGACAGCUCCUCUGCAGAUGUCUGCAUCUUCAUCUCGGUAAGCCUCAUCACAGAUGGUCGAUCCCCUUCGCUGCACUAUCGGCAAAGUCAGUAUCCGAAUGUGGCAUCGGCAUCAGAUUCGGAUGGUGAAAUGAAGAAGAAAAACCGCUCCAAAGAGUGCUACGAAGGUUUUGGUGCGUCGGUGCCAUCACCGUCACCAUCUCCUCCUCCACCACCGCCUCCACCAGAUGAUGCUAAUAGUCGUCGACGCCUCACGGAUAAAGAGCGACGAAAGAGAGAGCUAAUGGAGCAACUGCGUGCUGUCGAGGAAGAACUAAAGAAAAGGACAGCGGCAACGUCUGCGUUGGCUGAUAAAUGA